AUGGUGCUCUUCCCCUCUGUGCUCUACUACCCAUACACGGGCAAAGUGCAUGUCCACCUCAUGGACCUGGACGAGCCCGUGCGGGUGACCCUCCACCUGGCGAGCAGCCAUGGCGUCCCCAACGUUACCCUGGAGGAGCAGGGCAGCGAUAUCCUCCAGCUGAACUGGCCUCGCUUCUCCAACAUUUCUACCCCUCCUGCAGGGAUCUACGAGGUUGCGCAUCUUCACGUCUCCAUUCAAGGAGGUUCCCUGCAGGUCUCCAAGCAGAAUAAAGUACUGGUGAAAGCCCUGAAGCUGGGGACCUUGGUGCAGACAGACAAGGAUGUCUACAAGCCUGGACAAACUGUGAAGUUUCGAAUUGUCCGUUUGGAUCAAAACUUCAUUCCCAGCAACAGGGAGCUUCCCUUGGUGGCCGUGCAGGAUCCCAGUGGGAACCGCGUGGCAGAGUGGCAGGAGGUGAGCCCGCGGCAGGGCAUCGUGGACCUGUCCUUCCCGCUGGCUGCAGAGCCGGCCCUGGGCACGUACAUCAUCGAGGUGGAGGGGAAGAGCCACUCCUUCAGUGUGAAGGACAACGGGCUGCCCCACUUUGAAGUGCUGAUCCAGCUGCCCCGUGUCGUGACGGUGAAGGACGAGAAGAUUCUGCUGGACGUCUGCGGGCAGUACCCAUCCGGGAAAACUUUCCGGGGAAGGGCUGAGGCCAGGCUGUGCCAGUCCCACAAAUACUUUAUUUUCCCAGAGGAAUCUACGAAGAUCUGUGCUGAGUUUAGGGGCCAGACGGGGAAGAACGGCUGCUUCUCCACUGAGGUGCCGGUGGCUUCCUUCAACCCGACCAGCUUCUACAACGAGAGUUGGCUCUAUGCCUACGCGUCGCUGCUGGAGGAGGGGACCGGGAUGCGGCGUACAGUGACCAAAAGCUGUAUGAUUGUGUAUGAAAUGGCCACAAUCACCUUUGAAAACACCGAUAAAUUCUACAAGCCUGGGAUUCCCUACACUGGGACGGGUGAGCUCAAGGAUGACCCUCCAGCCUCGGAGGAGGAAGACGAGGAGUAUCUCAACUACCAAAGUGCCACUCACUACCUGUAUCCCUUGUCUGCGGACAGCAAAAAUUUCCUGAAGAUCCACAGGGUGGAAAAGAAGCUGCCCUGCGGCCAACCCCAGCAGCUCGGGGUGGAUUACUUGUUUGAUGAGAAGGCCAUGGGGAUCGAGCUGCAGAGCCUGGAUGUGGUCUUCCUGGUCCUGGCCAAGGGGACCAUUGCCACCGUCCUCAGGAAAGAGCUGCCUGCAGAGGCUGGCCUGAGAGGCUUCUUCUCCCUGGAGCUGCCCAUCGGCCCCGAGCUGGCACCCACAGCCAAGGUGCUGGGCUACGCAGUGCUGCCCGACGGUGAGAUGGUGGCUGACAGCACCGAGCUCAAGGUGGCCAAGUGCUUCCCCAGCAAGGUGAAUCUGUCCUUCUCGGAGCAGAGGGCUCUGGUGGGCUCACGGCUCCACCUGAAGGUGCAGGCUGCCCCAGGGUCACUGUGUGCUGUCUACGCCGUGGAUCAACGCACGCGGUCCUCCGGUCCCAAGGGCAAGCUCAACCCCAGCAUGGUCUAUAACUUGCUCCCAACGUUUUCUGAAGACAGCUAUCUUUUUGAAGUUGAAGAACCUGAUUUACCUCGCUGUGGGAGAAACAAGUUCGGACACAUAGCAGCCCUUCCAGCCAUUAACUGUUUUGAUGUGCCAAGGAAAAGCUGGAGAGCGUGCCAGCGCAGCCUGUGGCGCAGGGAGGUACCGGUGUCUGACAUCGAGCCAGGCUUCUACAGCCUGGUUGAGGAUGCAGGUUUGAAAACUGUCACCAACGCUCAGCUGGGCUGUGUAGUAAACAUCCAGUUCCAAAGCUACCAAGGCCUUUUAUACCCCCCAGGAGCAGGACUGGAGGAGGAUGAGCAGGUGGGUGUCAUGCAGGACACAGGGACGCAGAUGGAUUUCCUGGAGACAUGGCUGUGGGAGCUGGUCCCUGUGGGAUGAGGGGGCUCUGCAGAGGUGACGGUGACAGUGCCCGAUGCCAUCACUGAGUGGGAAGCUGGGAUGUUCUGCACGGCCCCGUUGGGCUUGGGGCUGGCUCCUGCCACCACCCUCACGGCCUUCAAGCCUUUCUUCGUGGAGCUGGCGCUGCCCUACGCUGUGGUCCGCCACGAAGCCUUCACCUUCGUGGCCACCGUCUUCAACUACCUGCGGCAGUGCCUGCGGGUUCAGGUGACGCUGGCAGAGUCGGCGGAGCUGGAGGUGUUGACAGGCACGGACAAGGUGUACAGAGACUGUGUCUGCACGGACGAAGAGAGGACCUUCCGGUGGAGCGUGCAAGACACCAGCCUGGGGGAGGUGAACGUCACCGUCAUUGCCAAGGCCCUGCGCUCCAAGAAGCUCUGCGGCACCGAGAUGCCUGUGGUGCCAGCCCAGGGGUGUGUGGACACCGAGACAAAACUCCUGAUGGUGCAGUCUCCAAGACCAAUGUGA